AUGGCGACCUUCAUGCAGACAAUGUUGGUGCAAUCCUCCCCUCCCCGUCCUCUCUUUCCCGUCCAGGCGCGACCGCUGCCCGCGCUGCACUCGAACGUGCUGGCGGCCAGCGAGUCGUGGUCGCAACUGUCGCUGUGCUUUCCAGACAGCCCUCUCUCUGCGUCCUCAUCGUCGUCACCCCUCCAGAACCGCUUCCGCAAUGCCCUCGGAAGAGGAACACACUCAGAUGCUAACAUGUUCUCGACGUGCAGCAACGCCAACCGUGGCACGCGGUCAUCCUUCAGACCCGCGCGCACCGCUAAGGGCACAAACAGUUGGCAGCUUAAGCAGUUCGCCGAGGCGACUCUCGGAAGCGGCAGCUUGAGAAAGGUUGUCCGCCUGCCCGAGGGCGAGGACAAGGACGAAUGGCUGGCAGUCAAUGUCGUCGACUUUUACAACCAGAUCAACCUGCUGUACGGCGCCAUCACCGAGUUCUGCAGCCCACACUCGUANUUCGAGUACCUCUGGCACAACCCUCCCGAGUUCCCUCGCCCCGUCCGUCUUCCCGCUCCCAGCUACAUCUCCAACCUCCUCUCGUGGACUUCCAACCUCCUCUCAGACGCAAACAUCUUCCCUACCCAUCCAGGAGUGCCUUUCCCUCCAACCUUCCAAUCGACCAUCAAGCAAAUCUUCAAGCGCCUCUAUCGCAUCUACGCCCACAUCUACUGCCAUCAUUACGGCGUCAUCAGAGGUCUCGGCCUAGAGGCUCAUCUCAACACUGGCUUCAAGCACUACGUCUUGUUUGUGGAAGAGUUUGGUCUUGCCGAUGAGGGUGGUAGAAGAGAUGCCAAGGCCGAAUGGUACGGUCCGUUGGGCGAGUUGGUCGAGAGCAUGUUGCGCAGCGACUAG